AUGUCCGCCAACACCUGGAAGUCCAUCUCAGAGCGCAAGUUGGUGGAACGGGAUGGGAAAAUACCCUCUGAAUGGCGCAUCCCAUCCGACAAGUUACCGUCUGCAUCUGUACGCGACGUGAUACCUUCCGCGCGAGAGUCUGGCCUCUUCACGGCCCGGGAGCUCGAGAUCACCGAUUCACUCGCGACAGACAUUGUAGCGCGACUUGCUGAAGGACAAUGGUCGUAUUUGGAGGUCACAGAGACGUUCUGCAGACGUGUCGUGGUCGCACAGCAGCUCGUGAACUGUCUGUCAGACCCUAACUUCGCUGCAUUAGCGCAGGCGAAUGAGCUUGAUGCUUACCGUGCCGAGCACAAGAAGCUCAUCGGACCCCUCCAUGGUCUUUCGACCUCACUCAAAGACCAGUUCCGUGUCAAAGGUUUAGAUGCUACAAUCCGGGGAUAUGCUGGCCAAGCUUUUCAACCGUGCGCCGAGGAGUCCACCCUCGUUCAGCUCCUUCACGAGGCCGGUGCGGUCAUCCACACGAAGACUGAUGUACCGACCACGCUCAUGGUGCGCUCAGUCACGCUUCACGUACACAAACACAUCUAG